AUGGCUUUACGUAAAUCACAGCGCCAAAAACAUGCAAAGAGAAUGUUGCUGUUCUUUGGUAGUGACCAGACCACGUCUAUUCUGGAAAUGAGCAAGAUAAUAAAAUAUUUAGAGGGCGAUCGGCUGGUGGAGGGUGCCUCGGUGCUCGUUAAAUACGGGAAAGGAGAUCUAGAAGUGCGAGUCGUGAAACUCCACGGUAAGUUAUCGUACAUCACAUUUAAGUUUUUGGUGUUGUAGCCAUAAACUUAUUCUAAUGGCUAUAAUUCUAAUCGCGAUACAUUUAAUACUGCGCUUUACAGAUGACCCUAGCCUUCUGAGAGAAGCCCAGGAUGACUUUGUAUUGAGUCAAGACUUCUUGGAAGAUGAUUCUGUGGAUAAAGAGAAUCUACCUGCGUCACCAGAGCCGAAAGACAGAAGAUGUCCUCCAAAGCGGAAAAACCCAACAAGAAAGCCGCUCAGAAACAAUCAAAGCCAAAGAAGCCAAAACAGGUACGGUUAAAUAAAAUAUUAUUUCAGUUCAUACAACAUGUUUAACUUUAUUGGAGCAGAAUGUGGAAUAGAUCCUCAUGUUUAAUUUAUGGAAAGGUGCAAGCAUGAAGAUAACAUAUCGGUACUUGAAAAGCAAAUACUUGAAAGUGGUGAAUUCUUGUUCAAUUCCGACCCAAUAUAUGCAUUUGACAACGAUAAUAUUGAAGAUUCAGGCCUAUUCUACCAUCUCUUGCUGAAAUUUCAAACGUUUUAA